AUGAGCGAUGACCUUCUUAAAGAGCUUCAUGAGGAGAUUAAGAAAGAACAGGAAUCAGACAUUACACCUGUCAAAUCACAGACUAUUGAUAUGGACUACCGAACAGGGUUUCGUUUAAAACGUCGCCUUGUAUCAGAGAUUAAUUGUCAAAAAGGAUUACAAAAUGUUCGAUUCAUUCCCCUAAGUCAAGUUCAUCCCUACAUUGCAGAGUUUCAUACUAUAAGAGUGGGCAUCAAGCCUUCAAAGGACUGGGCUACGACAGGCGUGAUCGAUCAAUACUUUCCUCAAGACAGUUUUUGUGUUGUUAGGAUAACCGAUUUGAGAGGAGAGCAUGUUCAUGUUUAUAUCACUGGAAAAGCAUACAAACAGUAUGAACGUGCUAUUGGUAUGGGAUCUAUUUUGGUUCUGAAACGACCAGAAUCUCUGUGUCCUCCAGAUACAGGAAAGGCUGCUGCGCUUCAUGUUGAUCAAGUACAACAAAUGUGGGUAAUGGGUCAAAGCUUAGACUUGAAGCAGUGUCAAGGAUAUACAAAAAAGGAACAAAGAUGUCAGGAAUGGAUAGACAUACGCCAAGGGGAAUACUGUAAUGAACAUUUAAUGAAAAUCUGCAGUUAUUCUAAAAAUGGUCGAAUGGAAUUAGCAUCAGGAGAUACUGGCUUUGAUAUUCGAUGGACAACAGUCAUCAAAAAGUCUGACGGUUCAGUGUCAUAUCAAGCAAUGAAAAAACCAGAACAGGUGCAAAGCAGUACUCAAAGUGCAAAAAAGGCUCUUGCGUACUAUAUCAGAGGAAUAGGAUUAGUCACUAUCACAGGUGAACAGUUCAAGAAGAAACCAAAGAAAGAGAGUGACGGAAUGGAUAAGACAGCUAUAGAACAAAUACUUAAAGGGAGAUAUGAUCCUGGUGCACAAAUGAUUCGUAAAUUAAAAGGAAUUAAAGAAGAAGAGCCAGAGCAUUUGCUUUCUAAAGAAGCGCUAGUAAAGAUGGGGAUAGGUAAUGGCACACCAUUAACUAAAGAAGAAGAAGAGAAAAAGAAACGAACAUUUGACGAAUUGAAAAAUGCAACCAAACGACAGGAAACCAAGAAAAAGCCUCGAUACAUAGAACUCUAA